CGGUUUCAUGACAUGACGGUUCUAUUAACUCGUCAUUACGUUUAAUUCGCGUAUUUUUGUGUAUUGUAAAGUAUUUACAGUUUUAAUAACUGAACAAUAUUUACGUAGUUCUUGUUUUUACACAGUGUAACUACAGAACUGACCGUGAGAUGUCUCAUCAAACGGGUAUUCAAGCUAAUGAAGACCUGAAAAAGUAUUUCAACAAAUGUAGGGAUGGAAAAAUACGCGUCAUGAAAAUCAGUAUAGAUAAUGAACAGUUGACUCUUGCCAAGAAAGAGCCAGUAAAAGGGACGUGGGAACAGGACUUUGACAAAUACCUACCGUCACUGAUUGUGGAAGAUAUGCCCUGCUACAUGUUAUAUAGGUUCGACUCCACAAACUCUCUGGGCCACGAGUGGUUGCUUCUCAGUUGGUCUCCGGACUCGGCGGCAGUCCGGCACAAGAUGCUGUAUGCUUCGACCAAAGCGACACUCAAACAGGAGUUUGGCUCUGCACAUAUAAAGGACGAGAUGCAUGCCACUACCAAGGGAGAAGUAUCCCUAAAAGGCUACAAGGCGCACUUGAGCGGCAUCAGCGCGCCGGCGCCGUUGACGGAAAGGGAAGAGGCCUUGAAAGAACUCCAGCAGACCGACCAUAGCACCAACUACAGUACCGACUCUAGGCAAUCAACUAUGGGUGGCGUUUCGUUUCCCAUCACGGAAGCCGCCGAACAAGCCAUAAUGGAUCUACAGAGGGGUUCCUACAACUAUAUACAGUUUAAAAUCGAUCUAGAAGAAGAAAAGAUACACCUAUCGAAAGCCGCCAAUAUCCCUCUAGUGAGCCUGCCCGAGCAAGUGCCGAGCGACCAGGCGAGGUAUCACCUUUACGUGUUCAAACACAGCCACGAGGGAGACCACAUGGAUAGCAUAGUGUUCAUCUACUCGAUGCCCGGUUAUAGUUGUUCUAUCAAAGAGAGGAUGCUGUAUUCCAGCUGUAAAGGACAGUUCUUAGAUAUCAUAGAGAAAAUUGGAGUGGUGAUAGAAAAACGAAUUGAAAUCGACGACGGCAAGGAGCUCACCGAGGAGUUCCUAUACGAGGAAAUCCACCCCAAGCGCAACCUGCACCGCCCCGCCUUCGCCAAGCCCAAGGGGCCGCCCAACAGGGGCGCUAAGAGGAUCACCAAGUCGCAGCCCCUGCAGUAACCGGCACUAGAAAUACAAGGAAAAUAGUGUAAGGUCAAUGUGGGGAAGACCGAUAUGUACAUUUUUUGGUUGAGAAGACCGUCAUAUGGUAAGAACUCUCGUAUUUGAGCGUUUCUUUUUUAUUGCCAUUUUUUUUAUGUGACCUUUUUUGCCAGUUUUGUGUUAUUUCUAGUCAGGAUCACGAGCUCUUUCGAUCCUAAUGGGAUAAUAAUAAUAAAUAAAUAACAAUAAAUUCUUUAUUUGGCAGGCAAGAAACCCAAUUAUUACAAUCUAAUAUAAAAAUGUACAAAUAAACAAAAAAACAAAAAAAUGUCCCAAGGUUUUUUUCCUAUUGUGUUACCAUUUCCCUAUAUACUUUGUAUGGCGGUAACCAAAAGGAAAGUUUGAAAAUUUUAUGGAAAUUUUGGGACACUUUUUUCUCCUAUAAGGAUGAAAAGGGCUCGUGAUCCUGACUAGAAAUAACACAAAAGUGGCAAAAAAAUCACAUAAAAAAUGGCAAAAAAAAGAAACGCUCAUUUGUAUACGUACUUCGCUCCGACCAGCUUCCGUUGCUUACCAUCAUGCGAUUCCUCUUCUCGUCUGCCUCCUAUGUCAUAAAAAAACCGGCCAAGUGCGAGUCGGAGUCGCGCAUGAAGGGUUCCGUACCAUUACGCAAAUAAACGACAAAAAAAUCACGUUUGUUAUAUGGGAACCCCUCUUAAAUAUUUAUUUUAUUCUGUUUUUAGUAUUUGUUGUUAUUUGUUAUAGCGGCAACAGAAAUACAUCAUCUGUGAAAAUUUCAACUGUCUAGCUAUCACGGUUCAUGAGAUACAGCCUGGUGACAGACAGACAGACAGACGGACAGCGGAGUCUUAGUAAUAGGGUCCCGUUUUUACCCUUUGGGUAUGGAACCCUAAAAAACAGACGGGAAGAGGUUCGCUCCUUCUGGUCCACCGACCUGUAAGUGGAGCAUGUGUAGGUACGAUCGCAAGUUAGAAGCGACGAAAUAUUGAUUUAAAAAUGUCCUAAAUUAUGUGUUAGGUAUUUAUUUAAUUCAAUAUUUGCAUCCCUGUAUGUGGGCCGAACACACUGAGCAAAAAAACUGUAUUACCAGCUAAUCAAAAACUGUAUUCUGGCCAAUAGAUUAUUUGAUUGAUUGAUAAAGCUUGUAGACGGUCUUACCUGAUAGGCUGUCUUCUCCACAGUGACCAUACUAAAUUUAAGAAAUUCUAUCUACAGUUACAAUUUUUGAAAUAAAGUAAAAAUAGAUAAACGAUUACUAAAUCCAAUUUGAGGUCAGUGUCAUUAGAUACCACAGUAAUCAGAAUGUUCGGUAAAAUCGUACCCUUUCUAUUCUAAGGCGUAGAAAAUAAAGCCGCAAUCGGAUGAAAUUUUGUAGAAUCAGCUAAAUAUUGAUCUUGAGAAGUCACAGUGUGUGGCAGUGCCACCAAAAACGUUGAAUUCUUAAUAAAUAACGUUAAGGAAAGUUUUCAGGAAUACAAAUUUUGUAUGUCAGUUUUGUGACGGUCCAUAAAAAAUGUACGUGAAAAUGCGUCGCUAUAGUAGCAAUUUUAUUCGGAUACUUUUUUCCUUUUUAAAUCGAUCGUUCAUCGUCCUCGUGAUUCUGGUUAGAAAUAACCUAAAAGUCUAUGGUUUAUAGAAAAAAAAUGUCCUUAUUGAGCCUCCCACACUUUGUCACUGGAAAGUUAGCUUUUAGACGGACUACUUCGUGUUCGUGGAAUGGUGGGCCAGCAUGCCCAGUUUGGAGUUUGGAUCAGUUUGGUUUGGAUUUUUCCUCUAUUUCAAAAAUGGUAUGUUUGUUGCAAACGUCUCUGUUGAGUACCUGCAGAUAGUGUCAAAGGAGAACCGAACUUUCAUAGGUUUGGUUCACUUAAAACAAGGUCUGUCAAAAAUAUCUAUACAAACAGUCGCAAACGCAAGUUUCAAGGUCUUAAAGCUCGGCCAAACGCAAGGCGCGACGCAGCGCCGCGUCCGCGCCGCGUUCGCGCCGCGUGAUGCCUGUUCAAACAGGUCGCGCCGGCCUCGCGCUGUCAACACGCAUACAGCAGCAUGCGCGCGCGGAAGGUUUCUCAUUCGCGUCCGACUGAUGUGACCCAGCGUGCCGCCGCGACCGCGCCGCGUUCACGCGCGUCCGUGCCGCGUGGACGCGCGCGACGGGGCGCGACAGAAGCGGGGCGCGAUGCCGGCGGGACGCAGUCUGUGUGACGUCGCUAACCUGUUAGCCUGUAGUGCGGCGGUCGCGCCGCGCGACCGCGGCUUUGCGUCAAGCCUUGUGUUUGGCCGAGCCUUUAGCGCUUAAUUAUAUGUCACUCAAUUUUAUACAUGGUGAUCAAUUUAAAAAGAGUAGGAAAUCUUGUUUUUGUAUUUAACACCCUGUAUUAAUAAAGUGUGGCCUUGAAUGUGCACUGUGCAGUAUGGCGGUCUUCACAUAGUAUGCGGAUCCGCGGUGUGCGAGCGGGACAUCGCUAUAUACGUGCAUAGCGCUGUCUCGCUUACACACCAGGGCGGCGUGCGGAUCCGCAUCAUUGUGAUAACCACGUAUCAAAUGUGUAUGAGGUAUAGUCUGUAUUGAAUAAAUUCUCAUUUAUAUUUGGUGUACAAUUCAAAAAUAUUCUUUCAAUAAAUUUUCUCUUGUAUUGCAAUUACACAAAUUAAUCAAUGACUUACGUUUUCGUAUUCUUCAAGUUUAUGUACAUUUACAUACAUAUAUUAUCAAUACACACCUGUCAUGAAAGUGAGUGAAAGUGAAGUUCUUCUGUAUAAUGAUGAAUUAAUAUUUCGUAUCUAUAAAUAUAAAUAUGCCUCAUAUUACUAACCACGACAGUUCAUUUAGUGAAAUUUAACUAAAAUAUAAGCUAUUUUUACAUUUGCUCAGAAUAAUUUUGUCGUAAGAACAAUUUUGUGUCGAUCCAUAUAAAAAGAAACCUCAGUUCAACUGCUGCUUACGCCAUGUUUAACGAAUAUGUGUAGUUUUCAAGAAAAAGUUCCCAUAUUGUUGCUUCCUAUAAGGACACUGACAGGUUAUUCGUCUAAAGUACUAGCAAAUUUCGUCCUACCGACAAUGCAUUCAUUUGUAUAAACGUUAAACGUACACGACAUUUAACCUGAGGGCCAUUUUAUGAGGAGCGACACAUUUUAUAAUAUACGAACUGCAAGACUGGCCGACCGUCUUCUGUAGUACACUUGUUUAUAUUUCACUAUGAUACUCUCUUAAGUUAAGAACAGUAUUAAUAAUACUUAUACAUAAUAAUAUGUACAGUAGAAUCCGUUUAUUAUGACUCCGCUUAUACAGACCAACCGCUUACUAUGACGUAAUUACUGUGCGAAGUUUGGUUUCAUAUAUAAUUAUUUGUGACAAAAGUCGGAUAAUAUGACUUUGUAUAUAGUGACAAAUCGCUUACUAUGACCUAUAAAUCGUAUUUUCAUGAAAUUAUGUCCGCUUAUACUGACACAUUCGCUGGUUUUCGUGGCCGUCCCCACGUCUUUCCCUGUGAAGACGUUAGGUGCGUGCGUGGCUUGUAAGUUGUUUUAGUUUUGAUUCUCAGUGCAAAGUUGAUAAUUGGUAUAAGGUUAAUUAAACUCAUCUUUAACAAAUAAUCAAAAAUAAGAAGUUAACCUUUCGAGACCCGGACCCAUAUUCUAGUAAAUAUAGUAAAUAUGGCUACCCAGGGAGCCGACGGGUCUCGAAAGAUUAUUAUCAUCAUGUUUUAUAUGACAUCCGCUUAGUAUGACGUGUUUGUCACUUCCCUUCGAUGUCAUCAUAUGCGGAUUCUACUGUAUUGUUAAUUUAGACUGCUAAUACUAGACUUGAUAUACAUCAAAACCAUAGAUAACGGAGUACUAAGAUGCGUAAAGUAGUGCAAAAUAUUGUGACCGCAAUAAUACUAGCUGUAGUACAAGUAGGCUAAGGGUCCAACUAAGCUAACUCUGCCCUGCGCUGAUUUUAAAGUAACAAAGCGUCAUAGGGAGCGUGCAUGAACUGCAGGGGGCAGCACAGGCGCCGCCUGUUUAUUGGCGCAGUGUAAAUGUCAAGUUUAAGCUUCCAAUGUAGCCCACAAGUAACAGAACUAACAAUGCGCAAGAAAUCGUACGUGAACUGUAGAGGGCAGCAAUUGCUUUGACGUUAAGUGGCAAUGUGACAGUCAAUGUAUAGUUUAGGUAUGUUUCCGAUGCAGGUCACAAGCUGGCAGACCUUCCAACGCGCACGGCCCCUUAUCAUCAGAUGAGAGCGUUUAUGUUGGGUCCACAUCCACACUGUCAUUGAAAAACGCAAUGCAAAGUUAGCUUAGUCAUACUUAGUAGUAAAGUUUUCAAAACCGUAAAAUGGUCCUACUUUGCUCCACUUUGAAGUUUUUAAUAAAAAAAAAUUAAAUGUUCAAUAUUAAAUAUUCAGACGUAUUGAAUAUCGUAUGUAACAUAUUUUAUCGCUAAAUCAACUAUGAAACCAAAAACGAACGAAACUAUGAAUACGGAGCAUAAGAUACCCAUUGAUUGGGGUAUUUUGCUCUUACCUAUGGUUUACUUAGGGGUGCAAAUUUACCCCAAUGUGCGCCAAAUUAAUAAGCCCCGCCAAAAAAGAGAGAUUAAUUUUAUGACUAAUGUAGCAAUUCAAAAUAUAUAUACAAUUUCGUUUAUCUGAGUAUAUAAAUAAUAAUAUAUAAAUAUUAUGUUUGAAUAUAUUAGGCGUUGUAAUUUUUUUUAAUUGGAGAAGUUACCCACUGGGGAGCAAAGUAGGACUAUUUUGCGGAAUGACAAAAGUUCCACAUGGAAAAACUUCGGAAACCUCAUAUUUUUGUAUCUUCUUCGUCGUUCCCUCAUGACUGAGGAUCGUGACCAACAACUAUAUCCCUCCAUUUAACGCGAUAAAGGGCUAUGUGGGCCGCCCUCUGCAUGGAACCACAUGCUUGUCUAAUGUAUGGAUGGUAUAGAAAGGAUGCCAAUCUCUUAUGGCAGAAUUGUUGCAAAAGUGACCGCUUUCAGCUUUAAAUAAUAGUUCCUAAUUUCUCCGGUGGCGCUAGUUAGGCUCUGGGACAUGAGUAUAACGUGAACCAUAUAAGGCAACAAAUAACCCGACCAAAUUACGUAGGUUGUUUUUGGUAGUAUUUCAGUGUAUGGUGGCGCCGCCUAAUUACUGUUUUUUGAUGGACACUUUUCAUACAUAGAGAUUUGGCUCCUUUAUAUAGUCUCCAUGGUCUAAUGGAAUCCGACCAUCUUGCAGGGGGACUUCCUCUAGCUCGCUUGCCUUCAACUUGCCCCAGUAUGAUGUCACGUUCGAGGCUGUGGUGUGGCGAUCGCAUUAUGUGCUCAAAGAAUCUGAAAGCCCUCUCCUGGCAGAUUGUUAAGCGACAUUUCGCACUCUUUGUUAGUUUGUCUAUGGUGUAACUCGGCGAAUAGUCAGAUAUCUAAAAUGUAAACCUAGCUCUCUAGCUAGCUGUUUUGCAAAUAAUUAUAUGUCAAAAUAAUUAUUGAUUAUUUAUUUUAGCCAAUUUAGCCUGUCAUUCCGUUCUUGUUUUACGUGUGAUCCAUUUAUAAAAAAAUAUCAUGGUAAUCAUCAAUCAAUCUUUAAUAUUUUAUGCAAAAAUAAUCAAUAUCCAUUGUAAUCGCGCUAUGAAUGAAAUUGAUUAUAAUUAAUUAUUAUAUUUGCUAACUCGCAUACAUACUAAUUAUUGAAUACAUAAUAAUAUGUAUGUCGUUUUCAAGCAAAAGGUACCUCAUUGUCGCUUUCCAUAAGGACGCUCUGACAGGUUAUUCGUAUAAAGAUACAAGCAAAUUUCUUUCUUAUGUUAAGCGACAAAGUGGUACCUUUUUUAUUGAAAACAUGUUGACUAAUAAUUUGCACUACGGGGGAAAUUUUUAUUAUCUUCUGUUGCCGCGAUGUUCAUGAAAUAAACCAAUAUAAACGGAUUAUAUCGCGUAUAAUGAAUUUAAAACACAUCCCAACAUCAACCCUUCAAAUGCAUUAUACGCGAUAUAGUUAUUUAAAUUGUUUUAUUAUUUGGGUUACUUAUUGUUUGUUUGUAAUAUAUUAGCAAGAAACUUGCCAAUAAUGUAAUUUAUGUAAUUAAAAUCAUUACUAUUCAUUUAUAAUCAUACUAUUUAUGAACAUCAUCUGUUAUUACAUGUUUAAUGUAGCUACUUUCACUAUUUGUUAUCUAUUAAAAUGAUGAUUUUGAAACAUUUGUAUCGGCAUUUAAAUAAGGCACAUAUUUUUAUGAGCUAAGAACAUAAAUUAAAUGCAGAAAAUACGUAACAUUGUCUGGCGUAUUUUUGUACUUUCAUGACGUGAAAUAGUUUUGUAUAGCGUGCAAUAUCGUUGUAAUUUUAA